GUCCCGCAAUUUUCAACAUGGCGUCAGAUGAAGAAACGGUGUACUGUUUAUGUCGAAAACCUUACGAUGAAAACGAGUUUAUGAUUGAAUGCGAUGUUUGCAAGGACUGGUUUCACGGAAGUUGUGUCGGCGUACAAGAAUACCAAGCCUCGGACAUUGAGAUCUAUCAUUGCCCUAAUUGUCAACUGACGCAUGGACCGCUAGUGUUGAAAAAGCGAAGAAACUGGCACCGUCAUGAUUACUCUGAACAGGACGAUUCAGGGAAGGCUGUCCAAACAGGAACUGUUGUAUUCAUCAAAGAGUUAAAAAACAGAACAUUUCCAAGUGCGGAUGAGAUUCCUAUAGCACGGCUACACGGGAGCGAGCUGAAUAUAGAAUACUUUAAGAAGCACGGUUUUAAUGUCCCGAUAGUCGUGGAGAGGAAGGAAGGUCUAGGCCUGGUUGUUCCCCCUGCUCAGUUCUCUAUACAGGACGUAGAGAAUUAUGUCGGCUCAAUGAGAGAGAUAGAUGUUAUUGAUGUAGCAAAGCAGGAGGAUUAUAAGAUGUUGAUGAGGGAAUGGACUGAAUACUACAAUAGCCCAAACAGACACAAGGUGUAUAAUGUAAUCAGUCUGGAGUUCUCCAAUACAAAAUUGUCAGAUCUUGUUUCUCCACCGACAAUUGUGAAGGAUCUUAGUUGGGUCAGCAAUCAUUUCCCUGAACAGCUUCCUGAUGAUUGCACCUACACGCGACCAGAAGUCCAAAAGUACUGUCUAAUGGGUGUGCGUGACAGCUUCACCGACUUCCAUGUCGACUUUGGCGGCACGUCUGUGUGGUAUCACAUACUCAGGGGGGAGAAGAUCUUUUAUCUGGUGCGACCCACGCAAGCCAACCUGUCUCUGUACGAAUCUUGGGUGUCGUCGUCCAAUCAGAGCGAGACUUUUUUCGGAGACCAGGUGGAUGUGUGCUUCAAGUGCGUCAUUAAGCAGGGGCAGACCUUGUUCAUUCCCACCGGCUGGAUCCACGCGGUCUUCACACCGAUCGACUCACUGGUGUUUGGCGGGAACUUCUUGCAUGACUUCAACAUUUCAUUACAACUUCAAGUUUAUGACAUAGAGAGAAGAAUCAAGACUCCAUCAAAGUAUUUAUUUCCAAGUUUUGAGACGACCCACUGGUAUGCAGCCAAACAUGUCUUGGAUAUCAUCAAAGAUUAUGUUGAAGACGCCAGACAACCUCCUGAUUACUUACUGACAGGGGCCAAGUCCCUCACCAUGCACCUCAAAUCAUGGACGCAACGCAAAGAUUUAAACAACUCUUAUCUCUUUCUUAAAGAUGCCAAACACGACGUACCUGAGCAUCUAAAUUAUGGCCGCCUUCUUAAAGAUCUGCAGAAGGAGAUCCGUGCCUUUGACAGUUCUCCCAAAGUCAGUCCUGUAAAGCUGAGAACCAAAGGUGACAAGUUACAGGUGGAGAAAGUACGAGGGGAGAAAAAAAAAAAGAAGAAAAACCUGCCGACGAAGAAACAGAUGAAAAACAUUGAUCUUCUACACCAGCACACCACGGAAGCAUUACUAGCCAUGGAUGAGGAACGAAAACAGUCAUACUCACUGACGGACGAUGACACAAAUUCGGCUUCCCUAAAGGUGAGGAUUCCUAAGGCGGGGGCUUACCUUGACUCCUCAAUAAAACGGGAGAGAUUUGUGAAGGUGGAUCCAGACAUUAAACAGGAAACAGAUGAUCCAGGAACAGGGCUCAAACUGAAGGUGUCAAAAGGCAAAAUUAUCAGUGAGAAACGUGAAAAAUUAGAACACUCCAGUCACAGUGGUGGAAAUGAGGAAAAUGACAGCGACACAGAUAAUCUAGUGGUGGAUGAGAAUCCGAGGCGAAACAAACGUCCAAUGGGGUCCCCAUCCUCAGCAUCCACCAUGAAACCCGGCUCACUCAAGCUCAAACUAUCUUUUGCUGGCAAGACACUACCUCCAGACAACAUCGCAGCUCAAGAGAGCUCACAGGAGUCGGAGACCACCACCAGCCAAAGCGAAGUAGACGAGUCAUCAGGGAUUCCACGCGCAAACCUUCCCACAAUUCAGGGAGGGCUCAACUGCAGCAUUUCAGACAUUUUAGAAGCAAGUGGAUACGGAACAGAAACCGACUUCAUUGUGGACAAUGAGCGGACAUCCUCUCCAAGCAUGCGGGAUGCCAUUCAGGGCAUGUUGACGAUGAGUCGGAUGGGGGAGGGACACCAGUUAUUUCGUAAUAAGAGGUCAGCUCACAGACUCCAGCAUAGAAAUCAGAUGAUAAUGGAGGAAGAAGCCAAACUAGAGCAGUGCUAUAAAGAUGAGGAAUUCAUAUACCCUGGUCUGGAUUUGUCUGAUGAAGAAAUGGAACAGAUCCGGAACAACAAAGGCUCCAGAGAUGACAACUGGAACCCUAAAGCCCGAGUCCAUGUGUCAGGUGUGAAAGGUGAGAGGCCUCACAGAGAGGGUGUCAAGAAGGAAGCAAUAGAACAGGUCCUAGCGGCUGCCGCAGCCAAACCUGUGCCAUCUAAGCCAAAGAAGCCACGAAAACGAUUAAAAUCUGAAAGUUUCUCCGAGUCUGACGCCAGCAACACUCCAGGAACAGCCUUGUCCUCAUCUGCCCCAGGCUCAGCAUUCCGUCCAAACCUAGUCAAACCAGUUUGUCCUCAGGGAGAGAUGUCAAGCCCUAUCAAAGCCAAAAAACCAAAAAAGGGGCUAGCUACAGCUAAGCAGAGACUCGGGAAGAUUCUGAAAAUCAACAAACUGGGCAUGUUUUGAUGUCUGAGUCUGUGGAGAGCAUUGAAACCUCUAUUUCAUAUGUUACCAGUGUUACACUGCUUGAAUAAUCCAAUGUACCUUAUUUAUGACACUCCAUGUCCAAGAAUGGAAAGAGAAGAAUUUCUUUGUGGUUAUUGAGAAACAAAAAUCUGUGGUUGAUAUCAAGUUUUGUUUGUACAUAGAGGGAGUCAAUCUCCUUAUUUAGGGUUUGUACCACUGUUAAAAAAAUUCUCAUGACAAAAAUCAAGGUUCAGAAAUACUUUUAUUUUGGAUUUGUGUAAGCAAAGAAAAAUGGAAAUAUUUUUUUUAAGAUUAUACAAUGUUUGCGUGUUACAAUAUGAAUGAUUGAAUAGUCAUCAGAAUGAAGACUGUUUUACUUGAUAUGCGGUCGUUGUUAUACAGACAGAGAAAUCACAUGUUCUAAUUAUAGUCGUGGGCUUUAAGUGAUACAGGCCCUCAUUGUUAUUUCUGCUGUGCAGAUAUAUUCCCUGCAAUAAUAGGAUCUCAGGUCGUCCAUCAAACCGCAAAACUCUCAAAAUCUACACACAGUCCAUCAAACCGCGAAACUCUCAAAAUCUACUCACAGUCCAUCAAACUGCAAAACUCUCAAAUUCUACACACAGUCCAUCAAACCGUAAAACUAUCAAAAUCUACACACAGUCCAUCAAACCGCAAAACUCUCAAAAUCUAAACACAGUCCAUCAAACCGCAAAACUCUCAAAAUCUAAACACAGUUCAUCAAACCGCAAAACUCUCAAAAUCUACACACAGUCCAUCAAACUGCAAAACUCUCAAAUUCUACACACAGUUCAUCAAACCGUAAAACUCUCAAAUUCUACACACAGUUCAUCAAACCGUAAAACUCUCAAAUUCUACACACAGUUCAUCAAACCGUAAAAAUUUCAGAUUAUACACACUGUCCAUCAAACCGUGAAACUCUCUAAUUUUACACACAGUCCAUCAGCUUUCAUUUAGCUACCAUAUUUUGACAGAGAAAGCCAUGCUGUUUAAGUCAUCAUUCAUUAUGAAUUAUAGAAUUAGAAAUAAGUUAUUACAAAUUUUAAAAUUUUCAUUGCCCAAUUAAAUAUAUUGAUAUCCGGGUUAAUAUAUUGAGAUCGGGGAUUUAGAUUGUAGAUUUAAGGUUUAACUUCUUAGUAACUGUAGUAAACAUUAUCCUGAACAGCUGCUUUCUUCUACAUUUCAAUGUUUCUGUGACAUUACAAAAUAAACAGCUUUGAUUCUGGUUACAAGAUGAAAUGACCUUGUUUUAGAUAACAAGAUUAAGUGACCUUGAUUUAAAUUAUAAAAUGACCUGUUUUAGAUAACAAGAUUAAAUUACCUUGAUUUAAAUUAUAAGUUAAAAUGACCUUGCUUUAAGUAACAGGAUUAAAUGACCUUGAUGUAGGUUACAAGAUGAAAUGACCCUGAUUUUAGGUACAGAUUGAAAUGAAGAGUGAUGUUGAAUAAUCAGUUGAUACCAGUACUACACAGUUAUCCAUUAUUUGCUACAGCAGCAACUAACAAAUAUCUGUCUCCCCAUGACAAUUGUACCCUGUAUUGUUGGGGGUAGAAUUUUGAUGUUAGAUAUAGGGACUACAUGAAGGUACUGACAACAUCAAGGUAGAGAGCCCCAGGGGUAAGGGUAGAAAGCCUUGGGGGUGAGGAUAGAGAGCCCCUGGGGGUAAGAGUAGAAAGCUUUGGAGUAAUUAUAGAGAGCUUGCGGGUAAGGGUAGAGAACCCCUGGGGUAAGGGUAUAAAGCCUUGGAGUAAUUAUAGAGAGCCCGCGGGUAAGGGUAGAAAGCUUUGGGGGUAAGGAUAGAGAACCCCGGGGGUAAGGGUAUAAAGCCUUGGAGGUAAUUAUAGAAACCCUUGGGGUAAGACUGACAGUUGCAAUGAUCCUUCAAUCUUGUAAAUCUCACAUUGUUCUGUCAUAAUCCCCGCUCUACAUGUUCAGUUGCACAAAGUCAUUCUGAAGACCAGAAAUGUGACGCUCGUCGGAUUGUGGGUAUGAGGAAGACAUUUUUUGAGUUCUGCUGCUAGCUGAUGUGUGUGGUUGGCAAUAUUAUAUAGGAAUGAUUUUAUGUGCUAUACCAAUUUUAACACUGAUUUUCAUGUGUUCUUAUUUUACUGUCGAUGGAAUUUGUGAGUGAUUUCAUGUGGUGUACAGAUUUCAUCAAUGACCUCUAUUUGUGGUUAGAUGUAUGUUUAGUUGAUGCGAUUUUGACAUAUAAAACUAACUGUUGCCCAGUCACAAAGAUCUGAUUACAUAGUUUUGAUUGUUGUUAGAUAAGAGUGACUUACAGACUACAGUAAACAAGAUAUGUGAUAAAACAUGGUAAAGAACACAUUUAUGGUGAAGGUUUUUAUUAGGAAGAUCAUCGUUACAACAAAUUGAAACGGACAUCUAACAUUUUCUAUAGCACAUCUGCUCCAAGUGUUUGUAGAAGUAAAAUUAAGUUCACAGUCGAUAAAUUUCCUCCUCAAUCACAAUGAAUCAUAUGUAUCUAGCAAAUAUUUUUGUAUGUAUAUUUUUGUUUUGACUGCAAUAUCAGGGUUAAUGUACACAUUCUAUAUCAGAAAUCAACAGCACUAACAACAACCACAAAACCCAUUUUUUUUACAGUUUGCUAUAGCAUGUAACCCAUUUUAUGGGGAAAGGUUUUUUUUUUGUAACAGAAAAUGAAAUUUGCUGAAAUGUACUAAAGAAUAAUGUGUCCUAAAAAGUAAGGCAUUGAAAGCAUAGUAAACUGAAAACGUGCUUGUUUGACAACAGAAUAUGUAAUUAAGUAUGAAACUAGGCUAAACACUGUAAUGUUUUAUUCAUUAAUUAUAGAAGUUAUCAAAAACUCAAGAAGUGCAUAAAUUCUGAAUCAAUAACUUCAAGGGGGGACAAUUGGUGUCUAAAAUAAAUAGAAUGUCAAAAUGUGGGGCUAUGAUGCAGAGCAAUUGUUAAAGGUCUUUUGUGUGGGAAGGGAAAUUAUUUUUCUAAAAACUGGCACCAAGACAGGUUCUAUUUUUUGUGUAAUCUGUCAUUUAAGUUCCUGUUUACACUAAAAAGUUAAAUUAACUCGGGUAAUGUUUGGUUCACACAUUAUGCGUUAAGUCUGGGUUUACUCAAUCCACUCAAAUCUAAGGUAGCUAGUUGACUCACUUAGUAUGAUAAAUCAGGAGUCGAAUUAAAUUUAAAGUGGGUGAUUUUGAAUCCACUUUGAGCAAUAUUUGGUAAGUUGACUUGUUUGAUCUUGCAGUUUGAAGACAAUGUGGGGGUAAAUCGCAUUUGUUUCAACUGAAUAUUAAUGGUGUCAUUUUGUGAAUGAAGGGAACUGAAGUUUUUUUGUGAGUUAAGUUAAUAGAAAUAAACUUGCACCAUUGUGAACUGACCAUAUCACAUACGGAAGGCAGAAUAAUGAGUUUGUAAGAUUUUUGUGUUUACCGAUUGGAAAACUAGAGAGGCAUGGGAAGAAGAAAAAAAAUGUAUGCAAACACAAUAUGAUGGUUGUAUAUAUGAAGCACAAAGUAAACUGCUGAAUUGUCAGUGAAUGUUAUUUAUUUGUAGAUUUUUCAUUCAAUAUUGCUAACUUAUUUGUUUUAUUGGAAAUAGAAUAUGUAACAUAUUUUAUUUAUAGACUGUUAAAAGUGAUAUUAUGAUCCCUGUAUAUUAUACAGUUUUCAUGUGUACAUAUUUAUAAAUGAAUCAUUAUUUUUAUUUAAAAGAAAUCAAAAUAUUUUUUUAAGAUUGUGCCUUGUGUUUAAUAUAUUCAGUGGUUUUUUGUUGUUUUUUUUAAAUUUUUCCCUGUGUUGAUAUAAGAAUGUACAACCAUCUAGGACACAUUCUGUGGAACAAUUGAAACGAAAAAAAAUCAAUCACUUUGUAAGUACUUUAUGAAGUUUGCAAGCUUAAAGUGUUGCAGUUCAUACCAUCAUGUAUUUUCUGGAAAUUUAUUUCUUAUAUUUACAUUCUACUUUCAUUUUUGUCAUAAUCCCCAGAUGUUAAAAUAGACGCACUAUUUUUUAUCAAGAUUCAUACCCACAUUGUUCACAACUACAUCACAUGAGGAUAUGGUUAUUGUUAUAACUGGUAAUGAUAUCAAUGGCUAGGACAUUAUAAAUGUACAUACAUGCAGGUGAUGAUUCUGUUUAAUUUAUACUAGGUGUUAUAACAUAUUCAUCAAGAAUGUUCACAAUGUAUGAUGUAAAACUGUGUAAGUUGUUUAGUAUUUUCAUAGAAUGUCUGAUAAGCUGUGUGCUUAUAAUGGCGAGUUCCUCUGGUCUCUUAAUUUAUGUAGUAUUAAUUAAGUACAAUUAACUGAAAUCAACUAAAUAUCUCUAAACCUAUUGAAUACACAGACAAAUUAACAUGUAUUGAAUCUCCAAAACAGAAAGAAUUAACGACUCGAACACUAUUGAAUACACACUGUCAGAUAUGAUUAAAUUAACGACUCGAACACUAUUGAGUUGAUGUUAAAAGUAUGUUAGAGCCAUUCAUAUUGUAAUUUAGCAUCUCGUUAAAUGUAACGCAAUUGUUAUUAAUUAUAUAGAUAUACAAACUGUGUUGAUUACUGUCUGUAUCAUAGGAUCUAUGCUGUAAGCCUGCGUAAUGAAUCUUCCAGUCGUGCAUUUUCCUUUCAUUUCCAAUCUUUGUCGAUUUCUGAUCCUUAUCAAUUUCUAAUCUUUGUCAAUUUCCGGUCUUUGUCAAUUUCUGACUCUCUGCCAUGUGUUUGGUAUGUUCAUGAUUAUAUAAUGGUACUAUGUACUAUCAAUUCAUUUUAGUAAACAUAUAUUUGUUUCUCUAGUUUUCAUUGACAAAAUUGAAUUCACUACUCAUUACAUUUUCCCCCGUGAUGGGUAGCUUUAACACGGAAAUAAAGAAUGAAAUUGACAGGUCUAUGUGCUUACCAGUUUUAUGUACAUUGUGUAAACUUUAUCAAGGCAGCUGUGUGAUACACAUUGUAUAUAUAUAUACAUACGGUGUAAAUAAACCUCGGAGAAUGUA